AUGUCUGAACAUAAAACGAUCUAUGAAUUUACGGUUAAAGAUGCCGAAGGGAAAGAUGUUUCCCUAAGCAAAUACAAAGGGCAGGUCGUUAUCAUAGUGAACGUCGCAUCCAAAUGUGGUUAUACCAAGAAUCACUACACGGAAUUAAAGGCUCUCCAUGACAAGUAUCAUGACCAAGGUCUUCGGGUUGCUGCGUUUCCAUGCAAUCAGUUCGGUGGGCAGGAGCCGGCAUGUGAAGCUGAAAUCCUAAAAUUUGUCAAGGAUACAUACAAUUACGAACCGGAUUUGUACGCAAAGGUCAAAGUGAAUGGAGCUGAAGCCGAUCCAUUUUGGCAGUUCCUCAAGAAGGAGCAAGGAGGCACACUAAUCAACGCAAUCAAGUGGAACUUCACGAAAUUUUUGAUUAAUCGAAAAGGCUACGUGGUAAAAAGGUAA